GGCCCUGAAGUGCAAACCACAACAACAAAUUACUAAACAACAACAACAACAAAUAAAAAAACAACAAAUUAAAAAAAACACUACAACAAAUUAAAAAACAAUACAGCAAAUAAAAAACACUACAGCAAAUUACAAAACACUACAGCAAAUUAAAAACUACUACAGCAAAUUACAAAACACUACAGCAAAUUAAAAACUACUACAGCAAAUUAAAAAACACUACAACAAAAUUAAAAACAAAUACAAAAUAAAAAACACAACAGCAAGUUAAAAAACACUACAGCAAAUUAAAAAGCACAACUACAAAUUUAAAAACACUACAACAAACUAAAAACACAACUACAAAUUUAAAACACUACAACAAAAUAAAAAACCAUAACAAAAUAAAAAACACAACAGCAAGUUAAAAUAACACUACAACAAAUUAAAAAACACAACAACAAAUUAAAAACACAACUACAAAUUAAAAACACAACUACAAAUUAAAAACACAACUACAAAUUAAAAACACAACUACAUUAACCUACCGGAAGAGGUAGGUACCAGUGGGCAACAUGAGACAUCGCUGAUUGGAUAACACUGCAGUUCGGCUUUUGAACCGGAAGUUAUUCUUCCUGUAGCGCAUUUUUUCAAACAUGAAUGUUACAAAUGACCCAAACGUAGCAGCUGCUAUUCAAGAGUAUUUUGAUUCAGGACAUACAUACGAGGUGAUAUUGGAUAUGCUUAGGACUAAUCAUGAAGUUUCAAUGAGUAUGCGGACAUUGAAGACAUAUUUAAAAGAAGCUGGACUGUAUAGACGACGCAACUACUCUCCACUUCCUGAGGUGAGGCGUGCCAUUUUGACCGAACUGCGUGGACCAGGGCAAUUGUUUGGCUAUCGAACCAUGUGGCAAGUUCUGAAACAAAAACACAAGCUGCGUGUUAAGCGUGAAGUAGUUAUGAGACUGUUGAGGCAACUGAAUCCUCAAGGAGUCGCUUUGAGAACUCACAGGAGGUUUACAAGACGCACAUAUCACUCCAUGGGUCCCAACUACAUUUGGCAUGUAGAUGGCUACGACAAACUAAAGCCCUUUGGCUUGGCCCUCUCAGGAUGUAUAGAUGGCUUUUCAAGAAGAAUGAUGUGGCUUGUUUGUGGAUCGACAAACAACAAUCCGUCUGUCAUCGCUCACAAUUUUAUAAACUGCGUCAAGGGUCUUGGUGUGAUACCCAUGAGACUACGAACAGACCUCGGGACAGAAAAUGGGACUAUGGCAGCAAUACUGUGUACCCUCCGUCAUGCGCAUACUGACUAUUAUGCUGGUUUAUCAAGCCACAGUUACGGAUCAUCAACAGGGAAUCAGCGCAUCGAGUCAUGGUGGUCAUUUCUCAGAAGAGGAAGAUCUCAGUUUUGGAUGGACUUGUUUGGAGACCUUAGAGAUUCUGGAAACUUCAAUGGAAGCCAUGAACAUCAAUGCUUGGUGAGAUUCUGCUUCAUCAGUGUUCUUCAGAAAGACCUGGAUGAAUGCAAAGACAUCUGGAACAAACACAGGAUCCGGCCAAGCAGACUUGCAUCAUGUCCUGGGGGGAUUCCAAAUGAACUGUAUCUUUUGCCUCACAGAUAUGGUUCAAGGGACUGUGGAUUUGCUGUUGAGGAGAGGGAACUGGAUGUGUUCCCUGAGGCGAGGCAAGCGUUUGAUUUGUGCGGUGAUCCAAACAUUGAGGAAUACCUACAACAGGCUGUACGACAAAAUGGACUGCAGCAGCCACAAGACUGGGAAUCAGCCACAGAACUGUAUUUAGCUCUGAAAGACAUAGCUGGGCUGUAG